UGCAACAAUAGACAAAGAGAAACGCGGAUCCCAUCUGUCAGACCGACACUGUACUGGUCAACAAUAAUGCUGAGAAGGACAAAGGAUCUCUGUACUUAAAGAUACUAAAGGCAGGUCUGCUGAGGAUGAUGGGCAGCCUGCCCCAGUUUGCACCCUUGAAGCUCCGCCCGUCCGCUGUGCGCCUCCUCAGUCCUCAUUCAAAACACAACACAGCUGUUGAGAGGUGCACUGUUGUGCUGCGUAGCGUUGUGGUUUAUAACGAAAUGCGGAGCGCCGUCCUCUGAUGUUCCCGCUGGAAUAUCAUCAGACGGAGACGGAGGAAAACGGCGCAUUUCGGCUGCAGAAGCAGACAUCUGAGAAAGCCAGGACCCUAUAGAGAGGGAGAGAAGUGAACACAGACCAACAAGCAUCUUUCCCUCUGGCACUAUGCGCAUCUGACACAUAUCUGCUUGUGUUUAUGUCCAGAGAGCCGAGCAGGCUUUACUGCAGCUGAGAGCGAUGAAUGGUCUCCUGCGUUGAAGCUCGAUGGUAUGGGAAUAAUGGACCUUCCUAAUGGCCAGUUAAGCAUCUCCAACACUGCUGCAACGGCCUCAGAGAAGAGCAGCAGCUCAGAAUCUCUCAGUGAUAAAGCAUCUUCAGAGCUGAAGAAGAGUUUCGAUGCCGUCGUGUUCGAUGUGUUGAAGGUCACUCCCGAGGAGUAUGCAGGCCAGAUCACCCUCAUGGAUGCUCCUGUGUUCAAAGCCAUCCAACCAGAGGAGCUGUCUAGCUGUGGCUGGAACAAGAAGGAGAAGCACAGCUCUGCUCCAAAUGUUGUGGCCUUUACCCGCAGGUUCAAUCAGACGAGUUUCUGGGUGGUAAGAGAGAUCCUUCACGCUCAAACGCUGAAGAUCCGAGCCGAAGUCCUGAGUCUCUACAUCCGCACUGCCAAGAAACUGUGUGACAUGAACAACCUCCAUGCUGUCAUGGCUGUGGUGUCAGGGCUACAAAGUGCGCCCAUCUUCAGGCUCACAAAAACGUGGGCAUUACUGAGUCGAAAGGACAAGUCUACGUUUGAUCGGCUCGACUACCUGAUGUCCAAAGAAGACAACUACAAACGUCUGAGAGACUUUAUUAGCAGCCAGAGCAUGGUCUCUUGCAUACCCUACCUAGGGAUGUACCUGUCCGACCUGACAUACAUAGACUCGGCCUACCCCUCCACAGGCAGCAUACUGGAGAACGAGCAGAGGUCCAACCUGAUGAACAACAUCCUCCGAAUCAUAUCGGACCUGCAGAGAUCUUGCACCUACGAUAUCCCAGUGUUGCCUCACAUCCAGAAGUAUUUGAACUCUGUCCGGUAUAUCGAGGAGCUGCAGAAGUUCGUGGAAGAUGAAAAUUAUAAGUUGUCCCAGAAGAUCGAGCCAGGUACCAGCACCCCUCGAGCCAACGCCUCCAAAGAGGAUCUUGUUGGCCAGGAGGCGUCAUCCUCUCCUCUUUGUGGUCGCAAGGGUUCGAUAGCAGCUGAAGUCCCAGCCACUCCUCCAUCCCCCAGGAAUCUGCUGCCCUAUGGACACAGGAAGUGUCACAGCCUGGGCUACAAUUUUAUCCAUAAGAUGAACACAGUAGAGUUUAAAAGUGCCACAUUUCCCAACGCUGGCUCCCGUCAUCUGCUGGAUGACAGUGUGUUGGAGAGCCACAGUCCCACCAGGGGACAGGCAGAGAGCUCAACUCUGUCCAGUGGCAUUUCGCUCGGGAGCAGUGAGGGCUCCGAGCUCAGUGAGGAGAUGUCUUGGCCAGCUUUUGAGAGGACUCGGUUCUAUCACUCUCUGGGCCCAGUGACCCGUGUGGCCCGCAUCCCGUACAGAGGAGUCCUGAGGCCCAGCAGCUCGGCUGAGUCAGAGGAACUUGCCGUUCACUUGUAUCCCGGAGCAGUCACCGUCCAAGGGGUGCUAAGACGGAAGACCGUGCUUAAGGAGGGCAAGAAGCCAACUGUGGCAUCUUGGACCAAAUACUGGGUUGCGCUUUGUGGAGCUCAGCUUUACUACUACCCUGCCAAGUCCCUGAAGGCCACAGAGAGGAAGCAUUUUAAGUCCACAUCCAGCAAGAGCGUGUGUGUGGUGGGUCUCAUGGCCAUGAUGGCUGAUGAUCCAGAACAUCCUGAUGUCUUCUUGCUGACUGACUCUGAGCAUGGUAACACAUACAAGUACCAGGCAGGGAACAGGAUGAAUGCUUUGCUUUGGUUCAAACAUCUUAGUGCUGCCUGUCAGAGCAAUAGGCAACAGGUACCAACCAAUCUGAUGUCAUUUGAGUGACUGCCGGUGAGAAGAGAGGGAUGAGGAAAUGGAACAAGGAGGACGAGGAAGUGGAAGCGUUCACUGCCAUGAGCCCCAACAGACCGAUUCUCCGACUCUCACCCCGACCUCACUGCAGCCUCACCUGCCACCACUGCCUUAACCAGAGUUCCUAGUGUGUCUGUGUGUGUGAGCGCAGGUCUGUGUGGAGAGAAGAGACUGCUUUGGAUGUGCUGACCACUGAACAAGUACCUGAACCACUGCUCCCUCUCCCAGUCGCUCUCUGUGUCUUUUGUUCAGCACUUCAGUGGAGCCCUUUCACUUUCCCUCACACUCAGACUGAACAUCUGCAGCUUCAUUAAUGUUCAAGAGGCAAACCUACUUUAAUGAUCAGAUGUAGGAUUUCCAGCACUUACUCGGUUGUGCACACAGUCAGAACACGAUGGGCUUUGGAUGGCUCCAGAAAACAUUUUUACUUGAUUGUUACCAUUUUUGAUGCUUAUGUUGGAUGAAAGAAACCAUUAGUUAGAUCUCACACACACACACACAAUGUUCUCUCAUUACUUUAGUGUGAAGGUAAGGGCUCCAGCUCCUGCAGAAAGAAUUUCCUUAUUCCUGAGUGUGUAGAGUUUUUUGUGGAGAACUUACCCUGUUUCUUUGUAAUUUACUGAAUUUACUAGAUGUUUGUAUAACUGCAUCGGGGGGGUUGAACUUCUUUAGAUUCUCAGAAAUCUUGUCUGUGGUCCACAGUGGUACGAAACUCCCAGAAUCUAAGCUAAGGCAUGUUCACGGUUGGACAGAUGCUUUCCAGUUGUUAAUUUUUCUUUUUUUUUAUUCCACUGUUUUCAUCAGAGAGGAAAUGCUGGGUUUCCUGGACUCACGCAUAUGAAACACUAAAGACUUGAAGCUGUGAAAGUCCAGGAGGGAACGAAACAAGAACUAAUGACUUUUGAUUUUAUCUCCUCUGUUCCCCUCUGGUGCUCUCGGUAAUUGGGAGCCUCUGUUCUGGAGCAGACACUCGAAGCUACCUGGAGCCGUACAGAGCCUGUUUUAAGUCAGUUUUUUCUGUGUUGUUAGUUAAAUGUUGUUGUUUUUGUUUUGGGAGGGAUGGUGCAGUUCACAGUAUUACCGUUUAAUUGACGAUUGCACAGCAACAUAGGCUUGUCUGUUACUUACAAACGUUAGGCUGUUAUGUUCUGCAAUUUCUGCUUUUGGAACAUUUACUUUGAACCCUUUAUUAUUAAUGUGUGAAUUUUCAGAAAAAUUAUCUUUUUUUCGGUGCUUUAACCAGUCCCAGCUCAGUUUUAGGCCCCUAAUGAAGUGGCAUCUUGGUUGGAGAACAAAGAACCCUAACAGGUUGCAAUUAGUGCUAAGUGACGUGAGCUUCACAGUUUUUUCCCUCAGGUUGAUGAGACAUUGAAGGGUUAUUAGUUGCAGGCAGCGUGCAGCAGAAAUACUAACAUGAAAACAUGAGCAGAACCUGGCAGAGGAGAGGUGGGGGGGUAUCCAGAAAUAAUUCAUUUUGUAACCAGGCAUUAGUUUACAUUGUACUGGUGCAUCUCAGUGAACCAGAUAAUCUUGGGAAAGUUAAUUUAUUUCAGCAAAUAUAGAAACAAAUAGAUUACACACAGCAUGCUUUCUACUUGUAGUGUUUGUUUCUGGUAAUUUUUAAUAUUCUGGCUUACAGCUAAUAAAAACACACAACUCUCUUUCUCAGAACAUUACAUAACUCUGAAGCCUGGAGGAAGUCUGUGGAGUCACACCUUUUGAAUCUCCUCCAAGCUCUUGAAUUAACCCACUUUUUCCUGAAACACAUUUUUUCCUUCUACUAAACCUUCCAUUAACAUGCUUGGAUACACCUGUGAACAGCAAGCUUCUUUUAGAAGUGGCUUUGUGCGGCUUUCCCAACUUGAGGAGGGUUUCACUGUCUGUUUCCAUUAGCUGUGAGCUAAAUUUGUUAAAGUUAGCCGGGAAAAAAGCGUGGCACGUUUGAUGCUGCUUAUAGGUAAUCUGUAUAAUAUGAGUUAUACUUUUUAAAUUGAAUUACUGAAUUAAGCCAAAAUUUCGGGGAGAUAGUAAUUUAUUUAGAUGCACCUGUAUGUUUACACAGCCUAACCCCCUCGCUGCAUUAUUAUCACUUAUUAGUGGGAAGUGAUUUUUGUACAGGCACAUGUACAGUCUGUCUCUGAGGUACAGGGCUGGAAUAGAGUUUAUUUGAGGUUGUUGAUGGGAGGCACUGGUCAACAUUUCCAAAAUCUCUUAACUUUUCCCUCAUCUUAUUCGUCUCUGAAGUAAUUCCCAUAUCACAUAGGCACACCAGUGUAGAAAAUCUGUCUUUUAGCACAAUAUACUGUACAGUUUAACGGUUCAAAUGAGCCACUUUUGUUUGGGGUCAGACAUUACGUUGUCGGAUAGGAUCAGUUUAGGAAACAAAUGAGAUGUUAAAAGUGGACUAACCUGUGGAAGAAUUAAUGAGGAAGCCAAAGAAAGGCAAAUGUAAUGUGACAGUCUCUGCAAGUAUGAGUGUGUGAGGAUUUGGGUGCCUGUUCAUACUUCUCUAUUUUUUUUAAAAACCAAUGUAAUCAAAGCCAGUUGAGGCGGCUUGCCACUGCUGAGCAGUGGGGCGGCGGGCGACCAGCUUACCCAAUCAUCCGUGUGACUGACAGCUCACACUACGACUCCACGCCGGCUUGUUUUGCACUGGAUGAGGGAAGGAAAGAGGGCUUGACGUGGAAACUGAACCAGAUCCACUGCAGAAAGAGGGACUGCUUAAAGGAACAGUGCCACAAACUGUGGAGACAGGCUGGUGUUUGGCCCAAAGGGACAAUAAGGUUAAAUAACAUUUAACCAUGAUUGCUGGUGGCUGUUUCCUAACCGAUGUGUGCAGGCCUGCUCAGCCAGCUGUCACUGGUAAGGUACCGAGUGACUACAUGCAGCUGAGUACGAAUCAAAGCAAAGAAUGUGAGAAUCUGCAGAAAGGACUGUGGAGCAAAGUAGCUGGGAUGGAUAACAAUCUUGACAGCAAUCACAUUUCCUUUUUAUUGCAUUGCAUUUGCUGUAUCUGACGCUAAUUGACAAUGAUAAAUGAAAUAACAACCUAUGUAACUGAGUUUUAUACCAGAGUAAUUAAGUGCUUUAUGGGCAUCUGUGAAUUUGAGUUUAAUAAUCAUGACGAGCACUUUUUUGAUGUUUCCCCUCACUGUUAUCUGGGUUUACAUUAUUAUUUUUAUUCACUUCUGUACAGUGUAUGGUCAACAUAAUGGAAACGCACUGAAUUAAUUUUGGGAUGUUUCAGUCUUGGAUACUGAGCCAACAUUGCCCCUCGAUCCAUUUGUUUUGUUUGGGAGUAUUAGUCGCUCUUUAACCCUCCUUAAUGUCCAUGCUUUACUUUUCACUGCUUUACUAGAUUGUUUCUUUUAAACUGACCAUAUUCUCUGCAAAUGCACAGCUUCCUCUGUAUUCGUUUUAAGUCACCUUCCUGAUUUCAGUCGAGCAAAGCGUUCAACCUGAGGAAGUGUUAGUUUAUUCUUUGAACCAAUGUGACUCUGUGCCACCCGUCAGGUAUCGUUCACUGUUUACCAAGAACAGCAGCAGCAGGAGCCGCCGGACGAUGGCGGCGAUACCCUUCCCUGACUCCAUGUGUCUCUGUUUACCUAUGUCAUGACUGUGGCGAGCACCAUGACCUCUCCUCUGAGUGAUGUGCUGCCUGGUGUGAAGACUGACAACCAAUAAACACUCUGCCCUGUUUUUUCUUUUUUAUUCCACA